GGCGAGCGGCGGCGCGGCCCCGCUGGACGGCGCGUCCCGCCGCGGCGCAGGAAAAGAGGUUCCCGGCGGCGCCUCGGGCGCGAAGCCUCCCCGGGACCGAUCCGGAGGGACGGGGUGGCCGGAGCAGGGGGAGAAUGAAGCGGUGACGACUCCGGACAGAAGACUGGCCACCUCUGAGAGAGCCUCACCUGUGCUGAGAGCCCCCAGAGCCCCCAGAGCCUCCAGCCCUGCCCGCAGCUACCGCCCGCCGGCAGCCCCUGCCCCACGCCGGGGGGCUCGGCCCGGGCGCAUCCCGGCGGGAUGAACAUGGUAAAGAGCCCGAAGCCGCUGGAGCAGCGGCUGGCGGGGAUGGUGGCUGUCCGGGAGACGUCUCCAGCCUGGUCUGCGCUGGGAGAGGAGGGGCCGGCAACCAUGAAGAAGGACAAGAGCCACGGGCAGGAUGAGGCAGACUGUAGGGCAAAGCUGAUCCUCAUCAACAGGGACAAUGCACCUGGCGUUGUCCUGGAGGCCAAUGGGAAGCCCAGCACUCCAGAUUCCAGGGGCCUGGGGCUGCUGCCCCUGAAGAAGGAGAAGAACAGCAAUGGAGACCUCUCCAAGGAGGACCUGGCCUGGCCACUCGAUCUGCAAGUGCAGAGGGCAGGGCGGACCCGGCAGGAGAUGCGGCUCAAGGACCCAGCACGCAGUGUGGAGCCUCUCAGGGACCUGCCAACUCCUGUGAGGAGCUCCAGGCGUCGCUCCGCCGUGCCCACGCCCGUGACCAUCGACCUGACGGAGGAGGAGGACUCCCAGGACUCGUCCCAGAGCAGCAGCACACUCUCGGGUGGCAGCUCCCAGGAGGGGCAGAACGGCUCUGCUGAGCUGGGGGCCGAGGAGGCAGAGAGCAGAGACAUGGGCAUGGCCCUGGAAUACCAGGAUGGGAAGGAAUUUGGAAUUGGGGAGCUUGUCUGGGGCAAGAUCAAAGGCUUUUCCUGGUGGCCUGCGAUCGUCGUCUCGCACAGAGCCACGGCCAAGCGCCAGGCGGUGUCGGGCAUGCGGUGGGUGCAGUGGUUUGGAGACGGGAAGUUCUCCGAGGUUUCUGCAGACAAACUGGUGGGACUGAUGGCCUUCAGGCAGCAUUUCAAUUCCUCCACGUUCAACAAGCUGGUGUCCUACCGCCGUGCCAUUUACCACGCUCUGGAGGUGGCCCGGAGCCGGUCGGGGAAGACGUUUACAACUGGCCCCAGGGAGUCCCUGGAGGAGCAGCUGAAGCCCAUGAUCGACUGGGCAAUCACUGGCUUCAAACCCCUGGGGCUCAAGGGACUGCGGCCGCCCAAAGGCUCAGAGAAUGGGGUGCUGAGGAAUGGGACAGAGGAGGUGGUGUCCCUUGAACAGUGUCCCCCCACCAAGAGGCUGAAGACCUACCCCUGCAACAGCAGCAAGGAGCAGCGUGUGGAAGAGGACCAGACCCGAGAGCAAAUGGUUUCUGAAGUCACGAACAACAGCGGGAAGCUGGAAGAGAGCUGUUUGUCCUGCGGGAGGAGGAACCCAGCCACCUUCCACCCGCUGUUCAAGGGGGGCCUCUGCCAGACAUGCAGGGAUAGAUUCCUGGAGUACUUCUACAUGUAUGAUGAAGAUGGGUACCAGUCCUACUGCACCGUCUGCUGUGCUGGCAAGGAGCUGCUGCUCUGCAGCAACGCCAGCUGCUGCAGGUGCUUCUGUGUGGAGUGUCUGGAUGUGCUGGUGGGGCGAGGGACGUCAUCCAGAGUAAAAGAGCAGGAGCCCUGGAACUGCUACAUGUGCCAGCCCCAGCAGAGCCGCGGCGUGCUGCAGCGCCGGCAGGACUGGAACACACGCCUGCAGGACUUCUUCACCAGUGACAAGGGACAGGAAUAUGCUGCACCCAAAAUCUACCCAACAGUUCCUCCAGCGAAGAGGAGACCAAUUCGAGUGCUCUCGUUGUUCGAUGGGGUGACAACAGGGUACACGGUGCUGAAGGACUUGGGCAUCCAAGUGGAGAAGUACAUUGCCUCAGAGAUCUGUGAGAAGCCCAUCGCCACGGGCAAAGUGCGGCCCGAGGGCAACAUCACCUACGUGCACGAUGUCAGGAACAUAACCAAGAGAAAUAUUGAGGAGUGGGGUCCUUUUGACCUGGUGAUCGGUGGCAGCCCCUGCGACGACGUCUCCCUUGUCAAUCCAACCAGGAAGGCGCUGUUUGGUAAGGCUGCUUUGCCUCUGCUGGGCUGCAUGCCUUGGGAUGUUCCUGGGCUGUGGAGCCACUUUAUGGGUGGUGGUUCAGCCCCAGGCUGUAUUGGUGAUGGGCUAUCUCUACCCAUCUUGGUGGGGAGGGCAGCCAGGCCCCCCAGCCCGUGCCCCAGCUGGUCCCAACCUGCUUUUUCUGCUCGGCUUUUCCCUGCAGAAGGAACCGGGCGGCUGUUCUUCGAGUUCUACCACCUGCUCAACUACGCUCGUCCCAAGGCGGGCGAGGAGCGGCCCUUCUUCUGGAUGUUUGAGAACGUGGUGGCCAUGAGGAUCAACGACAAGAGGGACAUUUCCCGGUUUCUGGAGUGUAACCCAGUUAUGAUUGAUGCAAUCAAGAUAUCAGCUGCCCACCGAGCUCGUUACUUCUGGGGCAACCUCCCUGGGAUGGACAGGAUCUUUGGCUUCCCCCUCCCCUACACGGAGGUCUCCAACAUCAGCCGUGGGACUCGCCAGAAGCUGCUGGGGGGAUCGUGGAGUGUCCCUGUCAUCCGGCACCUCUUCUCCCCACUCAAGGAUUACUUUGCCUGUGAAUAG